AUGUCACAAUCAAAUAACAAAACAAAUGAUGAUUUGUUCUCAAAAGACAUGAUGGUUCAAGUCGAAGAAGAAUCAAAUCAGGGUUAUGAUGGGGAAGAAUUGAUAUCAUCUCUCAAUUCCGAUGACUUACGAGAGGAGCCAACAGAAAAUAUUACGAUCAACAAUACACAAGAAUUGUUAGAAGGCUUGGAAGACAAUUUUGCAGAGUCGGAAGCAGAAAAACCAAAUGCAAGAAAAUUUUCAAAAUAUGAAGAAAAUGAUGAUGACGAAUUUGAAAUACCUGACGAUUUAGAUCUUUCUUCCCCAUCUGACAACCCUUCUAAAAAAAUUAAAUUAACGAACACGAUGGAUUUAUUUAGGGAUGAAGAUUUGGAACUACCUUCUGAAACUUUUGGAUUUGUAAAUGCUUCUACAAUGAAACAAGCUCAGACAGAAAAUUUUGAUCGCACAACACAAAAUGAAGAAAACAAACCUCCAGAAACAUUUGGAUUUGUAUCUGCUUCACGAUCGAAAAAUAUUUAUUCUGCUACGGAUAACAAUGAUAAGGAAAUGCUUCCAGAAACCUUUGGAUUCGUUUCUGCUUCUUACAGGACGCACUUUGAAAAUACUAAUGAAAAUCCACCUGAAACAUUUGGAUUUGUUUCUGCCUCUUCUAACAAACUGAAAUCAAAACCAAGUGACAGCAACAAUGAAGAAAAACCACCAGAAACCUUUGGAUUUCAAAGCGCAUCCAGCAACAGACCUCCAACAGCUUUUGAAUCAUCUCGUUCAACCAUUUUUGAGAAGCCACAAGAAACAUUUGAUUUGUUUCCAACUGAUAACAACAUUUCACAUGAGAGCUCUUCCAAUGAAGAAAGACCUCCAGAGACUUUUGGUUUUACAUGUGCAAGGAACAUGUCCACAAUAGGUGACAAUUUUGAUAAGCCUCCUGAAACAUUUGGAUUUGUAUCAGCCAAACCAAAAGCAACGAAUGGAUUCAUUUCUGCUUCAUCUUCCGAAAUCAUGGAUUACGAAGAAGGAACUACCCUCAAUGAAAAACCACCUGAAACAUUUGGAUUUGUUUCUGCCUCUUCUAACAAACUGAAAUCUAACCAAAACGACAUCAACGAUGAAGAAAAACCACCAGAAACCUUUGGAUUUCAAAGUGCAGCCAACAGCAGACCACCAGAGACUUUUGGCUUUCAAAGAGCUAACUCUGAAAGUUUAAAGCUUCAUGCUGAACGACCAAACGAAACAUUUGGUUUUAUUUCAGCAUCCAAAGAAGAACCACUACCUUCAGAAACAUUGGGAUUUGUUCGAGCAAGUUCCAACAACGAUGCAGGUGAUCUUCCAAAAGAAACUUUUGGGUUUCAACGUGCAAAUUCUUCGCAAUUUGACAAACCUCCUCCAACUGAAGCGUUUGUUUCUGCCUCUUCCCAUAAACCAUUCAAAACACCUUCUAAAACCACAAUCACAGCCAAACAAUCACCACUGGCUACAUCUGAACAAUUUGCCACUCCUGUGAAAGCUGCAUCUAGCACUCCUAAGAGAAGCAUUAAGACCCCAUUUGCCUCUUAUUUAUCAGAUCAGAAAAAAGAAACACCAACCAACAGAGUUUUAGAAACUACAAAGAAAAAACAGAAAAAGUUUAAAACACCUAUCAAAUCUGAGAAGCUGUUUGAAGAAGCAACGAAAAGAGAGCGAGAACGUGCAACAGCCAUCAAGUCAGGUCCAAAUAAGAUCAUCAAGUCUGAUACAACACCCAUUAAGCCACCCAAUUGGGUUCCUGUUAAAAAGUCAUUAGAAGAAAGAAAGUCAGAAAAUUCAUCAAAACCUCGAAAGAUGCAAUUACUUGGUGAUUGCAAACAGCUUCCAAUUGAGAGUUUACGUAAUAUGUUUAGUGUCUCUCAAGAGGUUGUUUCCAUGAAUUGCACUGAUGCCAAGAAAUUCAAAUUCACAACAAAUUCUCACAAGAUUUCUCAAGAAUUGCUACUUUCAAUUCAGGAAGAAAAUGAAGGAAAGCCUGUCACAGAGAUUGGUCCUGAACAAUUCCAGCAGUUAUUGCAUAAAUUUGGAGCUAAAAAAGAGGUCACCAAAAUUGAAUGGGUAGAAAAUCAUUUUCGAUGGAUUGUAUGGAAACUUGCAUCCAUGGAUAGAACAUUUCCAAAGGAUUCAUCCUUUCCAUUUUUAACUCCUGAAAAAGUUUUAGGUCAACUUGUUUAUCGAUACAACGUUGAAUAUUGCAUGGGAAAAAGAUCUUGUUUAAAACAAAUCGCAGAAAAAGAUGUACCUCCAGGUCAUUACAUUGUAUUGGUAGUGGCUUCUUUAAAUAUUUCUGAAUCAUCUGAUACCAAUAGCGACUCUAAAAUUAUAGAACUGAGCGAUGGUUGGUACAGUAUGAAAGCAAAAUUAGAUGAACCUCUCACACGAUAUGUGGAAUGGAUGAAAAUCAAGGAAGGACAAAAACUGAAAAUUGUUGGAGCCAAUUUUACAGAAAAUUUUGAAGCCGCUCCACCAUUAGAGUUGCCAAGUAAUGCCUGUCUAAAGCUGUGUGUCAAUGGCGUCAAGAAGGCAAAAUGGGACGCCAUGCUAGGAUUUCAAUAUCGACAGAAGCCAUUUAAAACAUCAUUUAAAAGUAUUCAAGCAGAGGGAGGAAACAUCCCGUACAUGAGAGCAAUUGUAAAAAGAGUGUAUCCAGUCAAGUAUUUUGAAAAACAAUCUGAUGGAACUACAAUUGUGAGAACUAAAGCGUCUGAAGAUCAUGCAGCCAAUAUCGCUGAAAAAGAAAAGGAAAGAAUCAGUUCUAAUUUAUUUCAAACAUAUUAUGAUGAAGAAAAGAGAAAACGAAAAGGGUCCAAAUCUACGAUUACAACACCCAUUAGGAGAAUUUAUGAAGGAUCCACUCUCUACAACAUUUUACAAUCAACAAAAGACGAAAUGAGUUUUUAUGCACAAUUGGAUGAGAAUCAAAGAGAAAUACUCACUUCUUAUCAACAACAAGUGGAAAGUGAUAUUUGCACAACGGUUAAUAAUAGAAUCACUGAGUAUAUUGCAAACGAUCCAAAAUUAAAUCGAGAAGUUUCCUCAAUGCUCUCAGUGAAAUUGGGAGAUUGUUGUCCAUACCUUAAAAACCCAGAAACUACUCUAAAUGAUCGAGAAAUAAUGUUAACUCUGUGGAAGACUGAUGAAGAUUCUGAACUUUUUCAAGAAGGAAAUAUUUUAGACAUCUACAAUUGCAGACCUUCAAAGCAAUCGGGAAAUCAAGUGAUGAAAUCCAUUACUACUGUAUCUUUUACAAAAAUUGAAAUAUUCAAAAGCCACAAAGAUCUCACAGAAGAAGAAAUGACAAAAUAUUUCUAUAUUCCAAGAAAAUGUUUUACGAUGAGUGAAAUGAAAGACCCUGAAAAACGAAAUGGAAACAAUGAAAUAGAUUUUGUUGGAAUUUUAAUUCACUCAAAAGAAAUUGAACAAAAGGAGAGAGACUAUACUUUACAUUUAUUAUUCUUUGUGGAUAAUACAUGUUUUGAGAAUGAGAGCAAACCAACUAUUCUUCAACUUACAUACAUUGAAUCUGCAAAAAGACAGUUUAGAUGGCUCCUUUCGGAGAAUAAGGUUUACUUUUUAUCGAAUAUUGUUUUCUCUGAAUUUGAUGAAAAGAAUGGCAGAAUCAAAUGUCAUGCAAAAGACAAUGCUUCAAUUUCAGAAAGAGCAAACAAAUUUUAUUUCAGACAACAAGCAAUAGAAGUGAAUAAUUUCUUUAAAUCAAACAAGAACAAAAUUUUACCCCUCGUAGAACUUGUGAAUCAAUACAAUCCAAGGGAAGAGUUUGAUUUUUCAACACCUCGUAAAAUGAUGAACAUGGAAGAUGAAAUAAUUGAAGAGGACAUCAGCUGCAAUAUUAUCAUCAACAAUGAAUGUCAAAUGCAUGUGACAUUAUUAGAUACUGUUUACAAUACCUUAGAAAGCUAUUCUUAUCCAAAUGCACAAACAGGAAGCAAUACCACCUACCGAAAAGCAGAUGAUGUAUAUUCGUAUUUUGUGAAGUUAUAUAUUGAUGCCCAAGGAUACUAUACCAUCAAAUUUACAGAGGACAUGUUCGACAAGCUCAUUCAUGCACUAUUUUUUGAAGAAUCGAAUCACCUUGAUGACCUCGCUGAAAUGGACAUGAAUGAACACAUACCAUCAUGGAUGAAACUUCUCGUUAAAGAAGGAAAAAUACAAGACAUAUCAACAGAUGAAACAACAAGCUCUUCAGAAGCGGUAUCAGUUCUCAACUCGGAAAAGUUACUGCAAGCCAGGUUAAAACUCUUUUCAUCAGGAAAUGUAAAUUCACUCACACAGUUAUGUCGAUGUAUUUUGGUUGGUACAAAGUUUGUGAACACCGAAGAGGAAUUACUUGAUGUUUCAGAGGAUGUUUUCAAGAGUCUGUUGUUGUGUACUCCUUCCGAAUGGAACGCAUUGAUGAUUCACUUAACUCAGACGCUAUGCGGGUCCUUAUUGAAAUUCAAAUUAACAAGUCCUGAGAAGGAAGUAAUGGAUGUAUCUUGUGUUUUGAGAGGAUUCUGUGGUCUUGAUGACAUUAUGGACGAACUUUGA